AUGACUACCUCCGAAAUUAAAGUCGACAAGAAAAUUUGCAUCUUCUGCGGUUCUAGCUCAGGAAACUCUCCUGCUUACGCAGCAGCAGCGGACGCGCUCGGAAAACUGCUUGUUGAAAAGAACUGGGGUCUUGUCUAUGGUGGCGGAACCACUGGUGUCAUGGGCGACAUUGCUAAAGCCGUGGGAACCCGCGGAGGAUACGUGCACGGCAUCAUCCCUAAAGCCUUGAUUGAACGCGAACAGGGGCAGGUCAUUCCGGACCCCUCAAUCUAUGGCCAUACUACCCUUGUUGAUGAUAUGCACACACGCAAACGACUGAUGGGCCGUUCAUCAGAUGCCUUUGUUGCUAUGCCUGGAGGAUACGGCACUGCGGAAGAGCUCUUUGAAGUGAUUACCUGGAACCAGCUGGGCAUCCACUCACUCCCUGUGGUUAUUUUUAACAUUGAAGGGUUUUACGAUGGCCUUGUGGAAUGGAUCAAUACAGCAGUCGGCUCAGGGUUUAUCUCCAAGGGCAAUAGAGACAUUAUUGUGGUGGCAUCGACUCCAGAGGAAGUCAUUGAGAAAAUUGAAAACUAUAAGAUUGCUGACGGCAGACUCAAUCUGAACUGGGAUGUUCAAACACCAGGCAUUAAGGAAGAGCACACAGCCAAAUGA